AUGGUUGUUGAUUUGGACGAAGAGAGGAGAACACAGAAAAGGAAAGUUGCCAAGAAGGUUGAGGAGAACGUUUACUACAUCGGGAUACAGGAUAUCGAGAAACGGAAAGUGAAAGUGGAGGAACUGGCGGUUUUUGUGGCUGGAAAGACUCUAGCAUACUAUGAGGAGGAAUUUGAUAAAUUCUCCGACGGCCUCACAAGGAGCUGUGACGCUGCCAAACUACCUCUAAACAGGGCGAAGAACAGAUACAAGGGAUUAUAUGCAUAUGAUGAAACAAGGGUGAAAGUGACUGGUUUUGAUACGGAUUACAUAGUCCUAUUCUAUUUGCAGGGUUUCAGAGAGAGAAAUGCGUAUAUUGCGUCGCUUGGUCCAAUGUCAAAACAGAUGGAAGACUUUGGCAUGUUCUGGAAUAUGAUUUGGCAACAAAAGGUCGAGAAGAUCGUCAUGGUUACCAACUUGAUGGAGGAAGGGAAGGAAAAAUGCGAGCAGUACUGGCCUCGUGUUGGGACCACUAAAGACUACAGCGUGGUGAAGGUCACCUGUCAGAGCGAGGAUGAGUAUGCAGAGUUUACGAGAAGGUUGCUUAAACUAGUAAAAGGCGAAUCUGAGAGGCAGCUGCACCACCUUCACUUCACGGCCUGGCCUGACAAGGGAAUCCCAGAGGACGUAACAGCGUUGAUUGAGUUCCGACAUGGAGUGCUCAAUUCUCCUGCUCUUCUCGGAGGUCCAACACUGGUCCAUUGCAGUGCGGGAAUCGGUCGAACCGGGACAUAUAUUGCGUUAGAUAUUCUAACAAAGGAAGGCAAUUCGAACAAGGCUGUUGAGAUUCCUGGAUGCAUCAUCAAUAUGAGACAGAACCGGCCAAACAUGGUCCAGACAGCGGAACAGUACGAGUUUCUACACCUUGCUCUGGUUCACACCCUGACAUUUAACUGUGAGCAGAUACCAGGAAAACAGUUUCAUGACUACAUGAUUGAGACCAGCAAGGGCGAUCUUAUCAGGCAGUUUAAGAAAAUAACAGACUCUCCCCAUGUUCACACUGACGACGAAAUCCUUGCUAUAGAACGAAACAAGACUGAGAAAGGAAAGAACAGAAGUGGAGCAGAUAUUCCAGGCGAUGAAUACCGCCCUCGACUUCAUCUGGGAAUAAGACAUGGAGAUUCAGACUACGUCAACGCUGUCUUUGUUCAUGCGUUUCAGGCGAAACAGAAAUACAUCGUCGCCCAGUCUCCGAUGCCAAAUACUGUUCAGGAUUUCCUUACUUUGGCAUACCAAGAACAUUGCUCCUGCAUUGUCAGCUUUGAGCAAAGCGACGGAAAAAAAGAUAUAGGUGAAUAUGAUCCAGCGGACAAUCAAGUGCUCAAGAAAGGUCAACUAUCUAUUUUAAGUGAGAGGGAUAAAGUCAAGAACGAGUACAGUGUCCAGAAAUGGCUAACUAUAGAGUUCAAGGGAAGCACACAGAGUGAAGGUGGGAAGAGUACACUGCGACACUUUGAGUUUACAGACUGGAACCAGACUGGAAAUGUUCCAUGCAGCCCUGCUAAUUAUGUCGCAUUUCUGAGAGAUGUCAAAAUGGCAUCGUCCAAAGGACCUGUUCUUGUCCACUGCAGGGAUGGUGGUAGUGAGAGCGGGCUGUUCUGUGUUAUGGCAUUCCUCAUGGAGAAGAUGGAAGUAGAGCACGAGGUCAGUGUGGUAAACGCAGUCAGGAAGGUUAAGGCCAGGAGACCCAACGCCGUGGCCAAUCAGGCACAGUUCGACUUCUGCCAUGAUUGUGUUCUGGAGUUCGUCCGCUCGUUCAAAACAUACUCCAAUUUCAGCGAAGAUAUAUAAAUUAAAUGUGGAUUGGAAAACAAAACUGAACUAUCUUGAUUUGUUAUCUUGUCGUCAAUUGUUCAUAUGUCUGUGUUUGUUUUUAAAUUGCAUACCAUUGUGUAAAGUUCGGGGCACUUUAGCUGUUCCUACAAUAUAAUUAUUCCAAGUUCAAACAGCCAACACAAUUGUCUUGACUAUAUUUAGAAUAUAUAAUUCCAACAGAUAUUUGGGGUCACCGCUCCCAGUAAGCAGUAAGCCCUCAUUUAUGCUUGAACUAUAAUUAUUUUUAUUAACUCGUUACCAACUGGGACAGCUAAAAUGGUAUCUACUCAAAAUUCUGAACAUACUGUUUCAUACUAGUUAUAUCUACACGUAUAUUAGCUUCUACUACUACUACUGCUACUGCUACUGCUACUGCUACUGCUGCUGCUGCUGCUGCUGCUGCUGCUGCUGCUGCUACUACUACUACUUCUUCUACUACUGCUACUGCUACUGCUGCUGCUGGUGCUGCUGCUGCUGCUACUACUACUACUACUACUACUACUACUACUACUACUACUACUACUACUACUACUACUACUACUACUACUACUACUAUUUUACGUGUAAAAUCAAAGAAAUUGUUUCGUUUGUACAUCAUAUGAACGUUUCUUAUUUGGAUUUUGUUAAGCUGUAGUUAUGACCCUACCAGAUCGGCUUUAUCUAUUCACAGAUGUGUUAUAGUUAUACACACGUUUCUGCAUUUAUCUGCUUUAUUCUAAUUCUAAACAUCUGAGCGUGUUUUCAUUUUGUAUAAACUUAAUAGAAUGUUUAAGAACUUUAUCAACAUAUAAUUAGGUUCCUUUGUUUAUUGAAAUUCGGACAAAUGUAUCUAUAUUGAAGAGUUGAGAUACUUUUCUGUAUUGCUCAUAACUACCCCGGACGUUCACAGUGUCGAAUACGCCAAGGAGUGGUUCCGCACAAAUGACAGGCUCUGGUUAGUAAUAAGUAAUGUAAAACCGCCUAUUAACUGCCGCUUUGUUUUGUUAUUUUCUAUUGAUAACAUUUGGCUUUGUGAUGCAUUUGCUUUGAAUGAGUGUUGUACUGAAUAAAAAACCUUAAUAUUG